AACGUCACAUCCGGUAUGGUAGGCGGGAGCGGGAAACAAAAGGAGACCAAAGACGCAUGCGUCUGGUGUGUCCCGGGUUCUGGCGGGUCCUUCCGCUCAGGCAGAGAGAAGUGCUUCCGGGUCGCCGCGGGCUGCCGCCUCCCGGCGCGUCUAGGAGCCAUGUCCACCUUGUUCCCCUCACUCUUCCCCCGUGUGACUGAGACACUGUGGUUUAAUCUGGAUCGACCUUGUGUGGAGGAGACAGAGCUGCAGCAGCAAGAACAGCAACAUCAGGCCUGGCUCCAGAGCAUCGCAGAGAAGGACAACAACCUGGUACCUAUUGGCAAGCCAGCCUCGGAACACUAUGACGAUGAGGAAGAGGAAGAUGAAGACGAUGACGAAGAUAGUGAAGAGGACUCAGAGGAUGACGAGGACAUGCAGGACAUGGAUGAGAUGAAUGACUACAACGAGUCACCUGAUGAUGGAGAGGUCAAUGAGCCUACUCUCCAGGUGGACAUGGAAGGCAACGAACAGGAUCAGGACCAGUGGAUGAUCUAGGUAGACAAGGCAGGGUGGCCUCAGGGAGAGUCCAGGCUGGUCCAACCUACCCUGCACCCGCUGCAGAACCAGCUGAUUGCCCCAGUGCCUGAAAGCUCACCCUCGGGCACCUCCUCAGCUGCUGCCAGGACCUGGUCUCCUCGGCCCUUCCCAGGCCAUCAGUCUGCCUUUGAACCCCCAGGGUCUGAGCCCACUUUGCCUUUCCGGCCAGUACCUCACUCCUUGGUUGCCAUGUAUAGUUUCUUUCUAACUCUUUAAUAAAGACACAGGACUGGUUUUUUC